AUUUCUAUUCGCUUAUAAAGUCAAUGUACCCUCGCAUUUCCUGCCAUAUAAUUAAAGUAUCCGGUUGUACCCCAUGGUGAGGGUCCGCUUGUUUCCACCUCCUUCACCGAGGGAGGGAGGCAGACUGCUCCAGGCGUUUUGGGAUUUUUUUUUAUUUAUUUAUUAUUUUUUAUUGUCUUCCUCAGUGUACCUGGGAAACACCGUGCAGUGCGGUUGUGUGUGUGUGUCCUCUUUUCAUUUAAACACCAGGGAACGGGACCACAGAGGCACAGGAGGUCAAUUAAGCUGUUUUCAUGCAUAGAGAAGAAUAGAAAGAGGAGGAAAGAAGGAGAAAUGAAGAAGGAGGAGGAAGAAGAGGGAAGGGAAGGAGGAAGAGGAGAAGGAAAAGAAGAAAUAUUAAGAAAAGAUUUUCACUGAAUUUCCAGCGUUUUAAAGAGGAGGAAGGGGAAGAAAGGAGGAUGAGGGUGAGGAAGACGAGGAAGAGGAAGAGGAUUAAAUUUCUUUCAUCUUUCUUAGACAGUCCUCAGGAUGUCAACAUUGUAUAAUGGUACAGUGUUGAGACAGGGACGAUCGCGUUAUAAUUCACUAAUUGAGGUUACUUUUGAUAAAUAAACAACUAGUACGGAGUCUUUUAAGUAUUUUACAUUAUCUUAUACCGGAAAAUAUAAAGGAAAAGUGGCGUAAAUAAGAAAAAAAAGGCAAAGAUUAGAGAUGUGGGAUUUUAUAACUUGUGGUAUCUUAAAAUACUAGUAUAAGAUAAACCCUAUGCAAAACGAAUAAUAUAACCUUUAUUAAUCAUCAUAACCUAGAAAACCGAUAAAUAUAUAUAUAAAAACCAGUGUAAUUAGUAAAAAACAAAAAAACUGUCCCUGGGAAGUGAGACGGCCCACAGAGUCGCGCCAAAAACGUGGAUCUACAGGCCAGGCAUCUUAUGUUUAACCAGGUGUACAAGGUGCUGGCUUUCAAGGGCUCCUCCACACCUACAGACACACGCACACACCACCAGAUACAGGAAGAAUUAAUUGAUGAGCUACAGAACUACAGCAUCGUUCAGGUGGCAGCCGGAGACCAGCACUCUCUUUCUCUCACCUCCUGGGGCCUGGUGAUAAACAGUGCACACGCGGGACUGAGUCACUCGGUAAACACAGUGCAGCGGGCCGCGGGUGGCGCCAAGCAGUGCGCUCUGGUGGCCAGGGGACAGAGUAUGCCUUGUGCGGGAAUUUUAAUCGAUUUUAUCUACGCACGGGGUGACAAUGGGUACGGUGAGCUUGGCGUCAACUCCUGCGACAGUCACACCGCCACACGCAAGCUUGUCAAGAGUCUGGCCAGGAAGGUGACAGUGCAGCUGGCCUGUGACGCCAACCACACCCUUGCCUUGACUGCUGAUGGUGACAAAAUACCUUCGGCCAGUUGGCACUUAGACACCGACAGGGGCCCCAGAAGGAUCCUGCCCUGGUGACCUCCUUGGCUGGCACCCUCUUAGUCCUGCUGGCCGCUGCGGGUCACCACUCUGCUGCCGUGACCCAGGCCGGCUACCUGCUGUUGUGGGGGUCAAACAAGCAGGGUCAACUGGGCUAUACUCCCAAGGGUGAUCCUCUUGUUAGAUCUUCGCAGGGGGGACGUCAGCAUGGCCACCGUCAGCAGGGAGAGUGGGGGUGCUGAGGACUUUUGCAGCCCUCCCCUACCCCGACCAAAUGCCCCUCUCUCUCACAAUUCAAGAACAUAUGAUUAAGAAACUUCUGUCAAUUGAGGAAGAAGACAUGAUUGAUGACGAUUUGUUUACGUACACAAAGACAGUGUUUGCCUCAGUGUGCGCUUGGAACAGCUCCUUCACGCUUGCUGGCUUGCACAAACACACACACGGGCUGGACUACCGUUUGGCUGAGGACUGUGUGGCUCAGAUUGGCCGGAUUGCAAGGGAGACCAUCCAGGAAGUGGCGAGUGCGUGCGUUUGUGUGCGUUUCACUGCAUUUUACUGAAGGUUUCCCAGGACAAAACAGGACAAACGGACCUGCUGGCAUUUCACACGCAGAAUCUCACAAGCGUCCACUGAUCCAUUACCGAGCUAAUCCAAACGUAUCCAAACGUCCACAGAUUCGUACUGGCAUUCAAAACGUGGCCAAGAGUCUUCCUUCGCAUCCCCCAGCCAGGACGCCUUAUGCUGUUAUGUCCUUCCCCUGUACAAGGACUUCACUGACCCUAAACAAACAGCCAAACUCCAAACGCCGUAUGCUGAGGGAGUGUUGAAGCUUGGCAAGGAGAUGGCGGAGGUGUUCAGGACUUUACACUAAGGCUGGUUACUUUGUACAAGAAUGUGGUGGUACAAAUACUGAAUUCAGCUCACCAAUGUAGCUCUGAGGUAAGAGAGAGAGAGAGAGUUGGUUUGUAAGAGUGUGCAUUGAGAGUGUGUGUGUGUGUUUUGAGUGUAAGAGAGAGAGAGAGAAGUAUAAUUGUCUGUGUACUACUACUACUACUACUACUACUACUACUACUACUACUACUACUACUACUACUACUACUACUACUACUACUACUACUACUACCACCAUUCUCUUCCUCAUUCUCUUUCUCUUCCUCCUCCUCCUCUUCUUCUUUUACUACUACUACUACUACUACUACUACUACUACUACUACUACUACUACUACUACUACUACUACUACUACUACAACAAUUCUUAUCUACAACACCACCACAUCACUUACAACCACUCAGACCACCACCACUACCACAACCAGAUCUUAACCAAACCUAACCUAACCUACCCACACCACACAGAGACCGGCGUGCCCUCGUGUCUUCCCUGCGGCUGUUGUCCCUGGUCCACGGUCUGAACUUCCAAGCCGGCUGCCGAGUGGGGCGGUUGAACUACGACGACUUUUACAUCCCAGAAAUUGCUAUUAGAAAAUUGAUAUUAGGAAUGAUUACUUGAACUGGAUGAACAGCAGGCUUCACCCGAUGUCCAGGAGGGAGAGUCCAAUCCUGUUCUGUGAGUAUCCAUUCUUGUUCGACCCUCAGGCCAAGAUGCUGCUGCUCAGGUGUGACGCCACUCGGCAGGGCGAAUGUUUCCCAGACCACCCGGUCAUACGCACGUUCUGGGAAGUAUUUCACA